AAUCUUCACUCUCUCUCUCUCUUCCACCGCCGCGCAUAUAAUUUGCGAGUGAAAAUGUCGAGAUUUUUGGUGGUGCUUUUAGCUGUAUGCGUCGUUCCGGCGAUGGUGAGUGCUCGUUUGGUGAGCGAGCCGUUCCAUUUGCAGGGAUAUGUCUACUGCGACACCUGCCGCUGCGGCUACGAGACCGAUGCCACUGAGUAUAUGGACGGCGCCACCGUGAGAAUCGAGUGCCGCGGCAAGGAUUCCGACAAGAUCACCUUCACCACGGAGGCCGAGACAGGGCAGGAUGGGCGUUGGUCCGUGGACGUAGCGAGCGACCGCGGCGACGACAUAUGUGACGCCGUCCUAGUGAAGAGCAAAAACUCUGAGUGCGCCACCCCUAAUGCCGGCCGCGACCGCGCCCGUGUGAUCCUCACCCGCAACAAUGGAAUGACUUCCAACAUUCGUUAUGCCAACAACAUGGGAUUCCUCAAGAGGACGCCAUUGGCCAACUGCCACCAAAUCCUCCAGAAAUACCAAGAAACAGAGGAGGAUAUUUGAGACAGACUUUUGCUCAUCGUUGAACAUCCCACUAUGUUUUAUUACAUCAUGUUUGGAUUAGUAGCUUUCUAGUUUCAUUGUUGCUCUGUUAUGAGAUGAUGAUGAUGUUGUGUUAUGUGUAAUUUUGUGCAAUAGUUGCUCGCUAUUGAUGUAGAUCGGAUCGUUUCUAUAAUUUCUUGCCUAUGUAUGUUGGAAAUUGGAAUAUGAUUCUUUUAGUGCAUAUGUUUAUUUUUCA